UUGAAAAAUUGUUGCAGUUUAUUAACAUCUACGGAUUUUUUAUUGAACAUUAGCAUUGAAAUACUCGAUUAUAUACUUCACACAGAGAAUACAAAUUCUGUAAUUUGGACUGGACAAGAUGGCCAGCUGCAAUUUUCAGUCGCAGUUAGUAUCUAUUAUGGAGGUAUUGGCGAAAGCAGCUGUAGCAGAAAUAAACAAACGAGUUGAUGAUAGCUGUGCAGUUAUACGUUUGGAAAUUACCCAAAGCCAGCGAGAUAUUGAUGUACUGAAAAGGAAGUGUCAAAUGAUGGAGGGGGAGCUGAAGAAGACGCGAGGACGAGUCAGGAGAAAAGCAGAGAGAUCUUUAUAUCCAGUCAAGAUUGUUUUGAACAAGCAGAGGAUUUGCUCACAGUGGAGAGACGGAGAGAUGGCUGUUGAAGAGGACUCUCAACCCCAGCCUACAGAUGUGGAGCAGAGAGCAGAGACUGAACCCAUACUGAUCAAAGAUGAGGAGAUGGCAGAGGAUGUGUGGAAGACUGACCUUCAGGAAGAGCUCAGGAUCACUGGAGAGGAGUCUGGUUCCAAGCCUGGGCAACCACCAUCCUUUGAGCAACGGCACUUUGAUGAGGACUUCAUCACACAACCCAACAUAUCUCCUGAAGAGUCAGUGGAACAUUACCCCAAUUCUGAUGGUCCAAAGGAACCAUGCCCACCACGGUGUACGUCUGUAGAGAAAUCAAAGGUGUUCAGCACAGAGCAGCACCGGCCAGCCGAGGAUGAGGACUCGCAAGAGCUAGUGAUGGUGAAGGAUGAGAAAGAGGAGGAUCUGGAUCAGACCACGGCCCUGGCAGGACCUGACCAGUUUGUCAUGGAUGAGACUGAUGGGCAGCGGUGGACAUCUGUGGAUCCAGGCCGAGAAACUGACCCUGAAGGACACCCAGAUUUCUCCUUUCAUUCCACAGAAGAGUACUCUCAGAAUAUCUCAAUAUUUCCACCUCACAGUGGGCUGCCAUCCCUGCCUACUAUGACAGAUGGUGUAGGGCCAUCGGUUCACUCUUCUAGAGGGAAACCACAUGCUAACAUGUUCAGUGCAGAGGCACACAUGAAAAGACAUGUCAGGACAUUGGCUGAUGAGACUAGACAACAGAUGCCAGAAGGACAGAGCAGUGAGAUGCUGAACUCAAAUAAUGAUGGAAAUAGUUUAGCUCUACAGCCAAGGCAGCAUCAACACAGGGCUUCAGAAGCAACAGUGAGAAUGAGUGAGUGCAUGACAGGGUCAAACAUGGCCACCACCUCCACCUUCUCUGGAUACAGCCUGAGUCGCAGUAGUUUUAACAUGGUGAAGAGAAUGAGGACUCAGUGGAGGUCGGGCGGCACCACUGAGAGGCGUUUCAGCUGCACCUUCUGUGGGAAGAGCUUCCAGCGUUUCAGCCAACUCAAAGAACACCUCCGAAGUCACACCGGAGAGAAACCGUACACCUGCGAACAGUGUGGCAGGAGUUUCACCAAGCAGUGCAACCUGAUCAGACAUGCUGUGGUCCACAGCGGGGAGAAGCCCUACGAGUGCUCACAGUGUGGGAAAUGCUUCACCCAGCGCUCCAGUAUGAAGUCACAUCAGAGAACUCACAUAGGAGAGAGUCCGGUGUCUCAACAUGGGGUACCCCCAUACGCUGGGGAUCCACACGCAAGUUUAAUGUUGUCUCAGACGAGAUGGAGCAAAUAAAACAUGGCAUAGCUUGUCUAACACCUUCUGUGAAAAUGGGGUACAGCAGGUGUUUUGAGACAUGCUUUUCCUCCUAAUUGAUUUGUGAAAUGGUUUUCAUGUUUGACUGUUGACGGCUCUUCACUUUCAUUUUAACACCCACAGAACGCUGGAAUUCCAGAACUACUAGAAUGGCCAUGAUGGUCAUUCUGACCGUUGAUAUUUCAAUUGUAUAAAUGUUCCAUAAUAAAUUCCUAAAUGAUUGCAUUUAUUACGUUAAAAUAGAUCACAAGAAACCUCAGGACACCGAAUGAAAAUUGUAAUCAGUCAGAAAAUGAAUUGAUUGAUCCAAAAACACACAGAUUAAAAAUAAAUAAAUAGUGAUAGUGUAUUUUCUGACUGUAAGACAACCUAUUUACAACUGGUAGCAUUGUGUUUUGUACCACAAAAUCAUAAAAAAACAUGCUUUAUUCAAUAAACUUAAUUUAAUGAAAGACUUGAUCUUGCGCUUUUAGAUCAACCAUUUAUAGGAGCCAUUAAGUAUGUGUUGUUUAGUUCGUGUUUGUCUCUCAGGGAUGUCACUUCAUGCCAUAAGGGACAGUGUCAUAUCGGGUUAAUAACUCAACAUGAUUUCCCAAGUUCUAUUUUCACGUUACUCUGCUGCCUUAAAAUGUUAAGUUAUGUCACCUCAAAACUUGGCAAUGAAAUAUUUGUUUCAGUACAACAGGCUAUACAUGCUCAUACAGUUUUACAUUUGACAUCUAGAAACAACACUUUUUUACUGUGUACGUUGUCUAACCUGACUCUACACCGGUACUGUAUAAAACGGAUAAUCUGAAUCUAAAAUCAAAUCAACGUUUAUUUGUCAUGUGCACCGAACACAACAGGUGUAGUAGAUCUUA